CUUAUAUUGAGUUAUAUGUACAAUUUACGUCACCAAAUGAUGUACUUUCGUCCGGUGUUCGAGAUGUAUACACGACCCCUGACCGACACUCGGUUAGCGUGUUACAAAAUACGGAACAGCCCAUGUUCGGUAGCGGUGUCGAAUGCACAUCCCCCCCAAGACACUCUGUCGGUGGAUGGGACAUGUACGUCGGUGGCUCGACGGUUGACACUGGAAAUACGAGCUGGAGAACCGCAUCAAGUUCUACUGGAUGGCAAUCUACAUCUAAUUGAGGGCGUUAUCAAAUGCCCAGAAGAAGGGAUGACGUACUACCUACGACAUCAACCGGUGAGGGGACGUCGUACGCUGCAGAUGAUUGUGGGUUAGAAGGUGAGUCCGAUGUGGAUCCACCUCGAGAGCCCGGUCCGGAUGGUGCAGAGGUGGAAUUAUUUUCUGAACCGGAGCCUAUUCCAAUAGAAGGUGAAUAUGGUGAUAUGAGUGCAGAUGAUGAAGAAAAUCCACGAUUUAGAGCAUAUGCACCUCCAGCCCACAUGCAUAAUGUCGAUCUAUCAGCAGAUGAUGCGUUAGAGUUUCCAGAUCUACCACACCAGGUGCGCGAUCGUACAAGUUCGGGAGUAGAUGUUGGUGAACUUGAAGUUGGUAAUCAGUUUACCAAUAAGGAUAGUUUUAUUGGUGCUUUGAAACAGCAUAGCAUCAAAAACGGCGUUAAUUACCACGUCGUUAAAUCAAAAUCUGAUAAGUUUGAGGUGAAGUGUGCGGUGCAAGACGGCACAUGUUCAUGGAAAAUCGUCGCCUCGUUAAGGAAGAGGACAGGGUUGUGGGAGAUCAAAAAGUACAAAGGUCCACAUACAUGUGCUGCAGGUGUUUCAGAAGAUCAUCCGAAAAUGGAUUCAGCUAUGUUGGCUAGCUUGAUACUGCCCACGAUAAAAGUAGAUCCUUGGACUUCAGUGCCGGUGAUAAUUGCCAAUAUCCGUAGCCAAAUGGGGUACACGCCCUCUUACCGCAAGGCUUGGAUAGCUAAGCAAAAGGCAUUGGAGAAGAUGCAUAGUGGGUGGGACGCCUCUUAUAAUGAAAUAUGGCAAUGGUGUCAGGUGCUAGAGAGAUACGUCCCAGGUGCCAUCACAGACCUUCAAACGGAACAUGCAUACUACAACGGCCGAUUGCUACGUGGAUGCCAAGUGUUCAAACGCCUAUUUUGAACCUUUAAGCAAUGUCGAGACGCAUUUUCGUACUGCAAGCCGUUGGUACAAAUUGACGGUACCUUCAUGUUCGGU